AUGGAGAAAGCUCAUGAGGACCAAGGACCAAAAUUAACUGUUAUCAACACAGUCUUCAUAGCGCUGGCCACGUUUGCCGUCAUCGGGCGGCUUUGUGCGAGACGGCUCAGACACCUGAUCCUGGGGCCAGAUGAUUGGAUCAUUUGCUUUUCUUUGGCUUGCAACUGGGCAUUGUAUGGGAUAUUUGCGGGGUGUAGACAGAAUGGUUUGGGCAAGCAUAUCGACGCGGUAUCAUCCGCCAACGUCGCCAAGAUAGCCGAGCUCCUCUAUGUUUUCCAAAUCUUCUAUGCCCUCGGACCGACAAGUGUGAAACUAUCACUUUUGUUCCUAUACAGACGUGUCUUCGAGCGCUCAAACUUCCUUCACUUGGUAUAUGCGAUGAUGGCGUUAAUCUUCGUGUUUGGAAUCAUCGUGACAUUUAUGGCGAUCUUCAACUGCACUCCUAUCAGUGCUUUCUGGACGAGGCAGGGGAAUUGCUUCAACUUCGCGUCGUUCGCCCUUGGAUAUGCAGUGGUCAACAUCGUCACCGAUCUCACUAUCUGGUUCAUGCCUAUUCCUAUCAUAUGGAAGAUUCAGAUGCCAAAACAGCAGAAGGUAGCCUUAUCUUUGAUCUUUGCGUUGGGUCUGUUUGAUUGCGGCGCAGCCGUGGCUCGCCUAUUUCUCUCGAUGCUCGUCCUAAAAACAAGAGACAUAACAUGGUACUAUGCUCCAGGAUUCAUGUGGUCGGUUAUCGAGGUAUCAACUGGGAUCGUAUGCACUUGUCUUCCCACAAUGCGAGUCGUUCUCGAAGCAGUGCUCAGAAGCAGAAUUGCAAGGAAACUCGGAUUGUCUAGCGGUCACGAUAGUGCCCAGCGUUAUAGUGAUACAACGUGGCCGGGGUCAAUCGGCUACAACGAGGCUGGGGAUCCACGGCGAAGAAAGGGCCCUAAUCAUAUUGAUAGGAAUUUUCUCGAAUUGCAGGAUCCAGAAUGGGACGCAUAUUCACAAAGAGGAAUUAUGCUAUAUCAGGAGGUCAAUGUUGAGCUUCCACCAUUGAGGAUGCAGGUAUCAUCGAGAACCAUUUGAUUUCUUAUUCGGGAUGGGUUUCUCUGAUUGGAUAAGAUAUUGUUACCUUUUGUCUAGCCCUGCCUCAAGUAAGACCAAUGUUGUUGAACGGAAUGAAAGCCUUGUUGCUGUCACUGAAGCUGGUCUGACUACUCUAUAUAAAGGUACACCAACAUCGCCAAUGAGGGAUCGUGAAUAAUCAGAUAGCGGGUAUCUGGCAUCUGUUCAACCAUGGGAUCAAUCAAGCUCUACAUGAGGAAUCAUGAGUCAAACUCUGGAUUCACCCACCCCGGCACCGCCCUGGCCCUCCAUGACGGCCCAAACAC